AUGUCUGACAAACUCAAUAUGGCUGAGAUCGAGAAAUUCGAGAAGUUGAAAUUGAAGAAGACAGAAAUGCAAGAGAAAAAUCCACUGCCUUCCAAAGAAAUGAUCAAACAAGAGAAGCAAGCAGGCAAGUCAUAA